AACGGUAGUGGUAGAUCACGUUGGCAUACAGAGCAGGUAGAUGCAUUUGAGAAGCUAGCUGACGUUAUUCAUAAAUAUUUCACUGUUAAACAGUUUAAAAGGGCCUUGACCGAAUCCAGGACCUGAAGACACAUGGGAACAUGUCUAAUGUAUCUCAGGACAGAAGCAGUCGCUGGCAGGACAUUCAAAAGGGACUGCAGUUUAUACAGUCCACUUUACCUUUUCCUGGAACCCAGGAACAGUAUGAGGUGUUCAUCCAAGACCUUGUGAGGAAUCUGUUUGGUGAAGGGAAUGAUGUUUAUAAUGAAGGAGAGUGGGCACGGUCCAUUGAGCUGUACGCGGAGGCCUUAAGCAUAGCAGAAUAUGCCGAAUCUGAAGACAUCAGCAUUUCCUGUGAAAUGAUUGAAAAGCUGUAUGCUAAUCGUGCUGCUGCCUACUUAAACAUUGGCCUGCAUGACCAGGCGCUGGAGGACUGCGAAAAGGCACUGCAUCUGAACGAGAGCAACCACAGAGCUCUGUAUCGGAAAGCCAGAUCCCUGAAAGAGAUGGGGAGGCACAAGGAAGCAUACGAAGCCGUUGCUAAGUGCUCCUUGGCAGUGCCACAGGAUGCAAGUGUCAUUAAACUGACCCAGGAACUGGCUAAAAUGUUGGGACUGAAAAUUCGUAAGGCAUACGUAAGGACUAAGCCUGCAUUAAAUGUAUUACCUGGCUCCAGCAAUUCAGGGGCAUCCAGUGAUAAGUGUGCUCAAGGCUCUGAUUCUGUGGAGGAUAUCGAAACGGUGUCACAGCACACCCAGGAGAUGGGUGGCCCCUUGCCGACCCCAGGCUUGGCCCCCAGGCCCUUUGUGAAUGAAAAGGUGGAGAGCGAGUCAGCCCCGGUCAGUAACGUGUCCUCGGUGUCCCCCAUCGAGGCCCACAACCCAGAGAAGGUGGCCCUGACCGCUCCUGUGCCCGUGCUGGUCAAUGGAGGUCGGGCCAGUGAGUCAUACCCCGUGCCCGAGUCUCGCUUGGACUACGAUGCUGAAAUCAUUGGGGAUGAUCUGGACGAGCUGCUGGACAGGGCAGCUCCCUCAGAGCCUCCCAUGGCCAUCUCCACCAUGAAAGGGCCUAUUCCUCUGCCGACCAGUAUUCCCACCAGUAACUCUAUGUCCAAUCCUUUGCACAUCCCAACUCAUGCCAAUCACUCAUUUGUGCCAGCUGUGCCACCGGUGACUCUGCCCCUGGUUUACCACAAACCCGGAUCAUGUGGGUAUUCACCCUUAGGUUUGGACACAUAUCCAUCCAUGUUGGAUUCACUGGACAGCCUGUCUAUCUCUGAAUCGCAGACAGUCUAUGUCCAGCCUCCAUUUAUACCAAUUGGUGUCAACGACCAACCAUUGGGAAUACCCACUGUGCCAAUAGGAAUGGGCCACAGUGUUUCUGAUGGAAUGGAUUUGCCCAAAAACCCCCUGUCUGACACCCAUGAGUUCAAACAGGCCUGCGCCACCUGCUUUGUUAAAAGUGGCCCUGGAAUAUUGGAUUAUACACUAUAUACUGAGGAGCACAAGUGCAAGAAGGACAUAUUAUUGGGGAGAAUCAAACUCUCUGAGGAUCACAGAUGGAAGCCAAUUCGACCGAGGCCAACCAAGAACCAAUACGUUGGGCCGUAUUACAUUUGCAAAGAUGUGGCCAUGGGGGAAGAUUGCCGAUAUCCCGGCCACUGCACAUUUGCCUACUGUCAGGAAGAGAUUGAUGUUUGGACUCUGGAGCGCAAAGGAUUCAUAUGCAGAGAUCUGCUGUUUGAUCCGUUCGGCGCUGGUGGAAAGGUCAACUUAACAGUUUCCAAGAUCUUACAGGAACACCAUGGGAUAUUUAUGUUCCUCUGUGAGGUGUGUUUUGACCACAAGCCCAGGAUCAUCAGCAAAACAAAUAAGGAUAACCCUUUGGUCUGCUCUCACCCCGUGACAAAGCACGCCUUUGAAGAAGUCAAGUGCCUGGUCCACAUACUGAAGGAGACCACGGUGAGGUACUCCAAAAUCCGCCCCUACACCCCACAGUGCCAAAUGGACCUGUGCCGGCACGAGGUUCGCUACGGCUGCGUGCGCGAGGACGCCUGCUUCUUCGCCCACAGCCUCAUUGAGCUCAAGGUGUGGAUGAUGCAGCAUGAAACGGGCAUUUCAAAUGAAGGUAUUGUACAGGAGUCCAGAAAAUACUGGAGUAUGGAAGCCAAUUCCCAAGGGCCUGAGCAAAUCCCAGGUGCUCUUAAGAGGUUUGGACCCCCAAACCUGAAGAUGCAUUUCGUGUGCGGGCAGUGCUGGCGAAACGGCCAAGUCAGCGAACCCGACAAGAACAAGAAGUAUUGCACCGCCAAGGCCCGGCAUCCAUGGUCAAAAGACAGGAGGGUCCUGCUGGUGAGCUCUGUCGAGCGCAAGAAGUGGACUCCGAUUCGCCCCCUCCCUACGAAGAAACCCAUCCCGUCUCAAUUUGAGAUUUGCAUGCACGUUUCUGCCGGCAAGAAAUGCCAGUAUAUCGGGAACUGCACCUUCGCACACAGCACAGAGGAAAAAGAGCUGUGGACAUACAUGAAAGACAACAACAUCGCAGACAUGGAGCAGCUGUAUGAGCUCUGGCUGCAGUCUCAGAAGCCCGGCUGGAGUGAGGAGUCCUCAAACGGAGCCAUGAGGGAGAAUGGGAAGCAGAUCCACAUGCCCACAGACUACGCUGAGGAAGUGGCUGGCAACCAUUGUUGGCUCUGUGGCAAGAACUGCAACAGUGACAAGCAGUGGCAGCAGCACAUCACCUCAGAGAAACACAAGGACAAAGUGUUCAACUCCGAGGACGAUCAGAACUGCUGGCAGUAUCGCUUUCCCACCGGCACGUUCCGAGUCUGCGAAAGGUUUCUCAAAGGUACUUGCACAGCAGAGGAGAGCUGCAAACUGGCCCAUGGGAAUGAGGAGCUGAAAGAAUGGACGGACAGGCGAGAAUUCCUUUUGAUGAAACUUGCGAAAGCGAGGAAAGACCACCUUAUAGCACCAAAUGAUAAUGACUUUGGGAAAUAUAGUUUUCUGCUUAAAGACAUAAAUUAACAUUUAUAA